AUGACCUUUACGCAUCGAAAUGAUGAUUCCAUCGACACAAACGGAGUUGGUCCAAUCGGCGCUCCUCUAAUCCAAUCGGAACCUAGUCCCGCCGAGGGCGUCAGAGGUGGCUUCCUUCCAUCGCUCUAUAGCGACAACCUCGAAGAAUUCUGCUUUGACGAUAUAUUUGGAGGGCCUUCAGACGAGGCGUUGGAGAGCUUCUUUACCGACAUUUUUAGUAUCCCGUCUUUUCCGCGAGCCAAGACUGCUGAUGGCCCAGUGUUGCAACCUCUUCAGUAUGAGGGACCUGUCAUUCGAGGCUACAGAUCCGAUGAUGAUGUAAUACGAGCCUAUUACCAAUUGAUUCAUCCCGCCUUCCCUAUUCUUCCUCCACCGCUGGAGGGCUCGCCAGAGGGUACGAACCAUAUAUCCAAGCCCUGGACCCCGACCUGCCAGUCCUUUUCUGACUAUAAACCUACCUCGCCUCUGAUUCUCGCUCUGCUGUCGGUUCUCACCCUUUUGCCCCAUGCCAAUAAUGUGUAUACGCUGGAAAAGGACAGUCUUGAAUGCCGGGCUACUUUCGCUCAGUCUCUAGCCCAAUGUGCGUUUGAGUCAAUCGAGACUGGACCAACUCCAAAUCAGCCAACUUGUUAUUCCUUGUCACCAUCCACAUUCCAUUCAAAUGUGCCGGCAGAGGUAGAGGCUCCCCUGGCCUACUGCGUCCUCAGUCUCUACCAAUAUCUCCAUCGCGGGGAAAUGACACAAAUGGUACUCUUGGCAAACGAGGCCUACGAUGCUUGCGUGCGUCUAUCCCUCCACCAGUUCGCGGAAGAGAACAACGUCUUUACGGAAGCUAUACGAAGAACAUGGUGGAUGACUGUAAGCGUGCAAUUCAACACCACGACCGAGACAAAGCCCCCUGACCGACAAUAUUCUUAG